CCCACAGCCGGCCCUGCGCAGGGAUGGGCAGCGCGCUCUCAAGUGUGUGACCGCCGUCGCCAACUCCUGGCCGGGGCCCGGGACGCAGCGAGCGAGCGCCGGCCUCAGACCCCGCAGCUGGAGGGCGAGGCCGCCGUGCCCGGCCCAGCGCCCUUUCUCGGCCACAGGCGUCCGUGCUUCUGGCCCGGUGCCCCGGCGCCCGAUCGGGGUUCAUGGAGCCGGGGCUUUGGCUGCUCUUCGGGCUCACAGUGACCUCCGCCGCAGGAUUGGUGCCUCGCCCCCAGCCUGGGGACGCUGGCAGGAGCGGCGUGCCCGGGGCCCCCCCUGCAGCCAGAUCUGAGGGGGACAUCGAGGAGACUGUGGCCACUACCGCAGUGCAGGGUCCGAGUCCCAGACGCCUUGGGCAGGAGCAGGAACCAGGUCGGUUUGGGGAGCAGGCGUCCAAGGGGGGUCCUGUGCACCGCCGUGCGAGGCGCUGUACGUGCUUCACCUACAAGGACAAGGAGUGUGUCUACUAUUGUCACCUGGACAUCAUCUGGAUCAACACUCCUGAACGGACCGUGCCCUAUGGACUGUCCAACUACAGAGGAAGCUUCCGGGACAGGAGGUCCACAGGGCCCUUCCCGCAGAGUCCACAGCCCUCCAAGUGGACACUGCGCUGCGCUUGUGUGCAGAGCCAGGACAGCGCCUGUUUGCACUUCUGUGCCCGCACUCUGGCUGUCAGCAGGAGCGAGCCGACAUUGUGCUUUGGUAGAAAUCCACCCACCGUGUGCUCAACCUUAGGAAACCAUGCCUAAGAUGCGGUCCCUGGGGAAUGCACUAAUGUGCCCACUGGAAUUCAAGGACAGCACAAAAUCCCGACGAAGAGGAAGAGCCAGCCAGCGGUGCCAAUGGAGGCCUGCGUCCAAGGAGGUGAAACUGCUUCCUCAGGCGUCACACCCUUGGGGACAUGGAGGAUGUGAGGGUGGCUUUUGUGAGGACAGCCAGUGGGGGCCCCAGCAGGCACGGAGUGCUGCAUCCGCAGGGGCCCGGGCCUUUGGUAGAUUGUCUCUGGGGACAGAGCAGGCCGAAGCUGCGGACUGUCACUGCUGUUGCCCUGCCCCUGGCCAUCCAGUCUCUGUCAUAGGAGUUGACCCCUUGCAUCCCCUGUAGCUUUAGAGCAGUGACAUCUGGCUCUGGAUUUCACUGGGCCCAGACACAGCUAGCUGGCCACUGCUGCUCAGAGACAACCCUUCCCCCACCCCAGCACCCCCGGCUCAUCUACCUGGGCCCAGGUGUCACUUUUUAUGGAAGCAACAUGUGGUCGUUACAAAAAAAAAAAAAAAAAAAAAAUCAUUUUUUCAGUAGCUGACUCUGGACAGAGGUGAAUUAUAGCAGCUUGGCCUGGCAGCAUACCCCCCAUGUCCCCCAUUGACUUUGCUUUUUUUUUUUUUAACCUGCUUGUCUUUUUUGUAUGAGAGAUUCUGAGGGUUUCCUGCAGCCAAACUGGGUUUAUUUGUCAUUCUAUCAAUCAGAAAUUGUUAUUAAUGGCUCGCCUACACAUCUGCAAUGGGAUGGUAAUUUAUGUCCAUAAUAAUAGCCUGCGGGUGGCUUGGGUUCCUACAGGCACUGAUCAAGGGAAGAUUAAACCAUGCUCAGUAUACAGGAGGCUUUCCAAAUUGGUGGCAGUGGCUUCUAGGCAUCCAGAGAGAUCCGUCAGCAUCCCUAAUACAAAUGGAGAGGAGGGGGCGGGUGAGGCGGCAGAGAGAGGCCCCGGGAGAGUGCAAGCCAGGCCCCAGCUGGUCCCUGCCUUGCCUUUUUGGUCUUUUCUCCUUUUUCUCUCUUUUGCCCCAAACCCACACUCCUCUCAGCGAGGGCGGGAUGUGAUUAAAACCAUCCAUCCUUUGCAUCAUUUAUUCAUCCACUCAUGCAUUCAUUCAGCAAAGAUACAUCGUGCACCUGUGACGUGCUGGGCACUGUUCUAGAAGCGGGGGUCUGCAGGGAGCGAGGCAAGGGUCUGUCUCCGUGGAACUUAAAUAGUGGGGAAGCGGGCAGCAAACAGACACAGUCUCCCCCUCAUCCGCGGGGCUACGUUCCCGGGCCCUCACUGGAUGCCUGGAACCACGGACACCACUGAGCCUUGUGUGUACUAUGUUUUUUCCUCCAGGUACACAUCUCUGGGAAAGUUUGAUUUAUAAAUUAGGCACAGAAGAGAGUGACAGCAAUAACCCAUAAUAGUCUAGAGGAAGCAGAACAAUGUCCUGUAGUAAAAGUUAUGUGAAUGUGGUCUCUCUGUCUCUCUCUGAAAACAUCUUGGGCUGUACUUGCCCCCUCCUUGUGAGGAGGUGACAUAAGACGCUGUGUGAAGAGAUGAGUGAGCUGGGUACACAGGCCUGGGAUGCAGCGCGAGGCUACUAGGGACCUUCUGACACUGUGUCAGGAUCAGGAACAUCUGCUUUCAGGCCGUGGCUGACUGCAGGUAACUGAAACCACGGAUAAGAGGGGACCACUGUACAUGAAAUAGGAGUGAGAUGUGUGAAGGAGACGAGGAAGGCAGGGUUGGGUUAGGAAGUGCUGGGGGUGGUUGCAGUUUGGGAUUGGGUGGAGACAGGGUAGUGUCCCUGAGCAGGUGACAUUGGCUUAGGGACCUGCAGGAAGUCAAGGGGUGAGCCAGGGGGAUGAGGAACGGGAAGAGCUUUCAGGCAGGGGAACAGUAAGUGCAAAGUCCUGUGGUAGGAAUGUGCUGGGUAUGUUCAAGGAGGGCAAGAGAGGCCUGCACGGAAAAAGUGUGAGGUUGGUUUUGCUCUUGCCGCUGUUCCUGUUCUGUUGAAGGCCCGGAAGAUGAGGAAGGUAGCUCAGGUGCCCCCCUGCGGCCUGGAAAGGUGGUUCUUCCAGGUCUUUACGGUUCAUGUAAAGCUCCUGUAGGAAGCUUUAGUUGGGAAGAAAAGUCUUUUCUUAAAAGCCACGGUCCCUACUUUCUUGCAAGACUCAAGUUAGUAAUUUCCAGAUUCACAUUCUCAGAGUGCAAGCUUGCCACCGUCCUGAGCUUGUGAUAAUCGAAGAUGUGACCAGGCUGUGGGGCAGCUCCCAGCAGCCACGUCCGCUGGUGUGAUUUAUUCACACCUUCCCGGGCCGGUGCAGGCUCUGAAAUUGGCAGGAUGCACAGGGCAACAAGGUUCAGUUCAAAGCAGGGAAUGGGGCUAGAGAGGGAGCGGGCAGCAGUCAGCUUUUUCAGCCAGUAAGAACUCUGCUGCAUCACAGACCUCUUCUCUCCUUCACCCCUUUCUCCAAGAUAGGCUGAAGUCAAGGACAGAUGAAGUGAGCAGGCCUUAGGCCUCCAGCAUCAAAUGCUUGCCCAUCAGCACCCCCUCCCGCCGCAUUCUGCCUGAGGCUCUGUGGUGUCAGGAGCCCCUGCCAAAGCAGGCCUGUGGCACCCCGUUUCAGGGACCCUCAGUCCCUGCUCCUUCCUGCUUCACAUUCCCACCUCUCGGAGGACAAGGAAUGAGUUUGCCUCGGGGGAGAAAAACCCACCCAGAGGGUCCUCACUUAACAAUACACCCCUACCCCAAGAAUGCCCCCGUUCAAAGGACCUACUUUCUCAAAUGGGUAAAAUGAUCCCAGAUGUGCCCCAGAGCCUGACGCCCACGGCUCGGGUUUUGUGCAGGAAAUCGUUUUUGGAGCGGUAGGGCACGUCGGAAAGCCACUUGCUGGCUUUCGCCUUCUCCUGGAGAAUACGUGGGCUCCAAGCUGACUCUGCAGAUGUGAACACGUGUACCCUUGUACCGGAUGUGGCAGGUGGUGGCAGCAUACGACGUUCGUGCCCCGACAUGGAGCAGGCACGUGGUGGGAGCUCGGAGGGCGCCGGGUGUCGAUUUUGGAUGCGGGUCGUAGCUGUAUGGGAGUUGAGGACUUCGAAGCUUAUCUGGAUGUAGACAGAAAUUUUCAGCUGUGCAUGGUACCCACCAAAAGAAUGUAUCUUAAAAAAGACAGAAAAAGAGAAAAAAGGAUGCUGUUUGUGAUGUUUGUGACCAGGAAAGGAGUAAAUGAGUAUCUGGGGGCUUUGAACCCGGGGCAGGCGGCUGAGAGUCUGUUCUCCAUCAGGGCCUGACUUUCUGUGUCAUUUGCGGAUAGUCCAGCCAGGGCACGGCGGGCCUUGUCCCCAGAGGGCCACCGCAAAGGUGGCCCAGCUGCAGCUCCGGGCUAUUUGGGCGAAUAUUUGCUUUCAUGAAUAAAUGUGGAUCUUUGGGGAAUGGCUUCAAAAUAAGCCACAAAUGCAAAACUCUUUGUAAAUUAUGUAAAUUCCGCUUUAUCUAUAUAAUUGGCAAUCACUGGGGAUUGUAAUGCCCAGCAGUUCACGAUCUGUUUCAACUGUGCUUUUACGGCCGGCCCAAGAUUACAAAGUGAUGUGGCAGCGACGUCGCCCACUGAUGGGGACAGGCCCCCUCCCCUCCCCCUUCCCCUGCCCCCGGCCCCCGGCUGGGCAGAGAGAUGAGAACCCGCAUUCAGCGCAUGCCCAGGUCACUAUACAGAGAAAUUUAAGGUGGUGGGUGACAGAGCGUUGGCCUUGACCAAAUGUUAAGUUCUCCGUGAGUAUUUCAUAAGUUAUUAUAGGUAUAAAAGUGAGUAUCUAUCAUGAGGAAACAGAAGGAACUGGUUUGCUACGACUGUGUAUAGUUCAGAGAAGCAAUUAUUUAUUGUGAGACUGUUCUUUACUUCAAUUCCUUUGUGUGGAUCUGUUAAAAGUAAAGCCACUGUGUGUGUAUAUAUAUAUAUAUAUAUAUAUAUAUAUAUGUAGAUUUUAAAUUGUGUUCUGAAUCCAAACUCCUAUUCCUUAGAGCUUUAAUCACAUUUUUAAAAUGCAUAUGCACUGUUUGGCUCUGUGGCAAGAAGGUAUCUUGGAGAGAAAUUCAUUCAUUGUGCUAACACUCAGAAAAUACUAACUGUCAAAUGCAUAAUAAAAAAAUCUAGAAG